GUGUGCGCGCCAGACGGCGGGCGACGGCAGUCGGGCGAUGUGGGCCCUCCAGAGAGAGCUGCUGGCGGAAGCCGCGCUGGGUUACAUUUCAUGGUCUCUUUUCCAUGCCUUCCCAUCUAUGAUUUAUUACUUCCCCCUACAAACAUUGGCACUUACUGGUUGGGAAGUUAUCGCCUUUGCUUAUUUUUCUCCAGUAUUCUUAAUAUUUGGUCCCUUUUGGAAGUUGGCUAACAACAAGUAUAUGUUAGCCCUGCUAAGACUGACUAUGGUUGGAAGCAUAGCUUCAUAUCAAGCUCCAAAUGCUGUACUUCGACUAUUGAUCUUGGCUGCAGGUGUUUCCUCAUCGCUGGUGGUUCAAACAGUAACAUGGUGGUCAGGAGACAGUUUACAAAGAUACAGCAGGAUAUGGGGAUUCAUCCUAGGAAAAAUUCUUCUUCUUGUACUACGAAUCUGGUAUACUUCGCUCAACCCAGUCUGGAGCUCACAAACUGCCAACAUGGUCAUAUUGAUCAUAGGUUUCAUAGCAGCAGCUGACCGAAUUUUUACAGACCCAUAUAGUAAGAAGACUGGUGGUACAGCUAAAGAAACUGUUUCUGGGUCAAACUGGCUUUUGUCAGGGACAGCUUUUGGCAGCCUCAUAUUCCUCACAUUUUGGAUAUUUGGAGAAGUCUCCCUUGUUUCUAGAUGGGCUGUGAGUGGACACCCAUAUCCUGGGCCUGAUCCUAAUCCAUAUGGAGGUGCCAUUUUAUUGGGACUGGCUCAUGGAGUGAUGCUUUCGUUUUGGACUUGGUCUUCCCUCACCAGUUUUGGCUGGUGUCUGAUAGGUAUGGCAUCUUCUGCUGGUCUUCUUUACUUACAGACCUGGAGUGCUGCUAUAGCCGGCAACAUCCUUGCCGUGUUUACUAUGUGUGUAUGGCCUCGACUGAGUGGACAUUUCAUCAGCUCUCUGCAUCCUGGGAAAGCCAUGAGUACAGCCAUGUUUGUCUGUGUUCUAGAAAUUUUCUUCUGUGUGUGGUGCACAGCUUAUAAAUUUGUGCCAGGAGGAACUUACGUAAGAGAGAGUUCCCACCUUCUUCUAGGCUUUAUCAUGUUGUGUAUUGGAUCAGGUAUACUUACUGGCUCCAAAAAAGACCUCAACUAUGUAUUUCAAGUCAAAAGCAGUCAUAAACCACUUAUCAGACAGAGUGAAACAUGUAUUAAGCUAUUCUUGUGGCUACUUGUUGGUAUGGGUUUGCUAGGAUUAGGACUACGAUAUAAAGCUUAUGAGAAGAAAUUAGGUCACGGGCAUCCAAAGAGGGAUUUCUCUGCUAUGGUCUGGCCUUUCAGGUUUGGUUAUGACAAUGAAGGGUGGUCUAACCUGGAAGGGUCAGCUCUUCUGAUUAAUCAAACAGGUGCUGACUUCAUUACCAUUAUAGAGAGUGAUGCCUCCAAGCCAUUCAUGGGAAAUAAUGAUCCAACAAUGUGGUUAGGAGAAAAACUGGGUUUUUACACAGAUUUUGGUCCAAGUACAAGAGAUCACACUUGGGGGAUUAUGGUUCUUUCAAGAUACCCAAUAGUGAGAUCUACUCAUCAUCUUCUCCCAUCCCCUGAGGGAGAGAUUGCCCCAGCCAUCUCCAUGACUGUCAACUUUACAGGGAAGCUGGUGGAUUUUGUUGUUGCUCACUUUGGAAAUGAAGAAGAGGACUUGGACAGAAAACUCCAGGCCAGAGCUGUUGCAAAGCUGUUAAGGGCUAGCUCUAAGCAGGUUGUAUUUCUUGGAUAUAUCACUUCAGCUCCUGGAUCCAGAGAUUACACAGAGUUAAUUGAAAAUGGGAAUGUUUUGGAUAUAGAUAAUACAGAUCAUGACAGAUGGUGUGAUUAUAUUAUGUAUCGUGGACUAAUAAGGUUGGGUUAUGCCCGCAUUUCUCAUGCUGGCCUAAGUGAUUCAGAAGUUCAGAUGGCUAAGUUUCGGAUUCCAGAUGACUUAGGUAAUUAUAUUGACAAUGACAAAAUUGUCAUCAACCCCAGCCAAGUUCCUGAGGAUAUUCAUUUCAAUCCCAGGUUUGGAUCCUACAAAGAUGGACACAAUUAUGAACAUAUUCAUCAUUUUCAUAUGAGUACUCCCAAGUAUUUCAAAACAGGAGACUAGAAUGAGGAAAUAAUGUAUCAAUCUGGUGAAGAGGAAAGGUCUGGAGCUUUAAACAGAACUACAAACCAAACUGUACUGUGCAAGUUAAAAUGGAAAAACUAUCAGGUAGUACAAUAUUAUUAAAAUCUGCCUGUUAUGUCCUGACUGAUAACAGAAGAACCUGAGUGGACCAUAAAGAAAAGAUUUCUUAGUAUUUUGUUUAGAGUGUGUCAAUCAACAUGGACAUUGGUGUAAAAGGAAAAGUGAGUGUUUUUUUUAAAAUUUUAUUUUAUAGGGACAGAUUUGUCAGUAAUCUGGAGAACACUGGAGGGCAAAGCUUGUUGUAAAGCAGAGAAUUGGCGGCUGGACAUGGCUCUUUCAUUCUCUUUUAUGCUGCUGUGUUCUAUGCUGUGUGAUCCUGAAGGAAUUACUUGCCAUUUUGAAUGUAUCUAGCUGCCCUCCUCUAACAUGUCCUUUGCACUGGGAGCUCCAGCUGGCUAUACCAGUCCUUACUCUCAAAGACUAUCAACAGGCUGAGGGAUUCAAAGUCAUAGGAAUACAGCCAAUUUUGCUCAUUUUGAACAGCUUGAGCAAUACAAAAGAAUGGAGUAACAAAAUAUGUCCAUAUAUUAAAUUGCAUAAUCCUGAUAGUGCAACAAAAAGUACACAUCUGUCCAGGGUCUUCUCAGAUUAUAAAUUAUAGGACAUACUUUUCACUGGGAUGAGAAAGGAAACUAUAAAAUGUGGUCCAACCCCUAUAGCAUAUGCAUUUUGACACAUUGUGAUCAUAUUUGCAUUUGUUGCUGUUCUAAAUUAUGUUGUGCAAAUAUUUUAAUUCAUUCUUUAAUGUGUCCAUUUUGAUAUGCACAGCAGAUUUAAGAAGGACAUGACUUUUUCAAUAAAUUGUUUGCACAUGUUUCUAACAAACUGUUUAACAUCAUUUUAGUUAUGAAUGGUAAACUAGGUUUUUACCAAAUUGCUAUGGUUUUGAUACACUUUGGGCCAUAUUCUAUACCUUAAAUUAACACAAAAUCCCCUUAAUAAAAGUUAAGACUUCUAUGUACAAAAUAAAAGUCUGAUUGUAAU